CUUCCGUCUGCGCCGCCCCGCCCAACCAGCGAGCCCACAGCGGCCCGACUCCGGAAGGAUUCGGCCCAGCGGCCGGAUGUGACGCCGCGGCCCUGCCGCUCGUGAGGCCGCGGAGAAAGCGACGAGAAGGCGGGCCCAGCCAGAGGUCUGGCAGCCAGCGACAGAGCCGGGCGCCCAAGGCCCGACCGUCCCCAGCAGCACCAUGCCUGCGCUUCUGGAGCGUCCGAAGCUGUCCAACGCCAUGGCCAGGGCGUUGCACCGACACAUCAUGAUGGAGCGAGAGCGCAAGCGGCAGGAGGAGGAAGAAGUGGACAAGAUGAUGGAACAGAAGAUGAAGGAAGAGCAGGAGAGAAGGAAGAAAAAAGAGAUGGAAGAAAGAAUGUCACUAGAGGAGACCAAGGAACAAAUCCUGAAGUUGCAGGAGAAACUUUUAGCUCUGCAGGAAGAGAAGCAUCAGCUUUUCCUGCAGCUCAAGAAAGUUUUACAUGAGGAAGAAAAACGGAGGCGAAAAGAGCAGAGUGACCUGACCACUCUGACAUCAGCAGCAUACCAGCAAGGCCUGACCGUUCACACUGGAACUCACCUCCUCAGCAUGCAGGGGAGCCCUGGAGGACACAAUCGCCCAGGCACCCUCAUGGCAGCUGACAGAGCCAAACAGAUGUUUGGACCCCAAGUGCUUACGACCCGGCACUACGUGGGCUCAGCAGCUGCUUUCGCAGGGACCCCGGAGCAUGGGCAAUUCCAAGGUAGCCCGGGUGGCGCCUAUGGGACUGCUCAACCCCCACCUCACUAUGGACCCACGCAGCCUGCCUACAGUCCUAGUCAGCAGCUCAGAGCACCUUCCGCGUUUCCUGCAGUGCAGUACCUAUCUCAGCCACAGCCACAGCCCUAUGCCGUGCACAGCCACUUUCAGCCCACCCAGACAGGGUUUCUCCAGCCUGGUGGUGCCCUGUCCUUACAAAAGCAGAUGGAACAUGCUAACCAGCAGACUGGCUUCUCUGACUCAUCCUCCCUGCGUCCCAUGCAUCCCCAAGCUCUGCAUCCCGCCCCUGGACUCCUGGCCUCACCCCAGCUCCCUGUGCAGAUGCAACCAGCAGGAAAGUCGGGCUUUGCAACCACCAGCCAGCCUGGCCCUCGGCUCCCCUUCAUCCAGCACAGCCAGAAUCCACGAUUCUACCACAAGUGACCAUCACAUUUAUCUUCAGCCUCGGCCCCAACCCCUGCCCUUGGGGAGGAUCCCUGGUGUCCCAGUACCAGGCCAAUAAAAUCUACCUGCCACUGCCCCUGACUGUU